UCAAAACCUCACAGCCACACGAAGAAGGAAAAAUGGCUUGCACCGUAGAUUUCCGGUGCCUUGACGAAGGAUUCGGCGGCAAAACCUACAAACGUAAACGCGAAUUUCAAGAACAAGCCGCCGCCGAAGCAAUCGCCGAUGAAGCUUCUAUGGACAUCGAUGGUGCUCCUCCUUCCGCGAAACGCAGCGCCGUUGCUUCCUCUGAGAAUCCAGACAAACCUAUGGCUGUAGCGGUUGAGAGACCGACCUACGACGGUGUAAUCGCCGGGAAAGUCUCGGGACGGAAUUGGAAACAGCCGCGAACUCACAGAUCUUCGGGGAGGUUUGUGAAGAACAGGAAACCAGAUCUGGAGGAGAUGAAGAGGCAGAGGGAGAUCAAGAGAGCGUAUAAGGAGAGAAUGAAUGAGCUUAAGGAAGAGAUUAGGAGUAAUAAGGUUGAGAAGAGGAAGAAGAAGGAAGAGAGAGAGAAGAGGAAGAAGGAGAAUGUUUUGAGAACUGGUACUAAGUUGCAGAAGAUUACAAAUCCUAAGACUUUGAAGAAAAUUGCUAAGUCUAAGCAGAGGAAGCAUCUCAAGAAUAUUCCUGAGGAGAUGUUGAGUGGUGGUGGUAGCAAGAAGAGUAUCACAAAUUAGGGAUUUUUGUUCCUUCUCUUUAAAGGCAAGUGUUUUCAGUUGUUUGGUAUUUUCUCAUGAGGUUUAUUCAAUGUUGUUUAGUUAACAAUUUGCAGCUAAGAACUAAAUGUUGUGGAAGUUUAAUAGUGAGAAAACUGUGUUUUGCUUCAACAGAUUAGAACCCAUCUUUUGUACGCAGUUUCAAUUUCACUCCUUUUGAUUAUCAUUGUCUAAUCGACUUGAAUCUGUCGCACCUUAGUUAUGUAGUUUGACCAUUGCUAUAUCGUGCUCUGCUUCUUGAAUCUUGGUGUUUCAUGCUGCCUUUUACUGUUGGUGCGAUAUUUAUAAAACACUGAUUUCGAUUUAUGGUUUCAUUUCGAUAGCUUUGUUAGGAUGUGUUCACCAUUUAAAGGAUUGAUCCCAUGAGUUUGUUCUCUGAUGUGUUCUCAGUUCCUCUUGGUUUGAAUUUCGCUGAUUUGAGCUGUUCUUACGAAUAUUUCAAUUGUAGUGCUAUCCUGUGAAAGUGCUUUGUAAUGUCUUAUGAUUGUCUUGAAUUAAUCACACCUCAGUUAUAUGUAGUUGUUUAUUGCUAUUUCUGGCUAUGCUUCUUGAUAAGGAUCUUGGUGUUUCUCUAAUACUGAAAUCUAACCUAAUGACAUUUAUGGUUUCAUUUCGAUAGCAUUUGUCUGGUUUUAGUUUUACUGAAAUAUAACAGUUGAAUGAUCCCAUGAGUUUUGCUUGUUGUGAUGUGUUCUCGGUUCCUUUUGUUUGUAAUUUCAAUUGUAUUCAUGUCUUGUGAAAGAGCUUUAUAAUGGUUUCAUUGGAUGAGAGACGAAUAAUAUACAUCUCUAUGGCAGUCACUUUACUGUUGAUAUUCUUACACAACAUGUAAGCUAUUGUUGGACCAGAUAUGUCAAGCUGAAAUCUGUUGAGAAGUUUUGUGUGACAGUAAUUCAGAUAUAUGAUCAAUUAGUGACGCAAGCGUUUAAUAUAUUGACAUCAGGAAC